CUCCUUGGCUCGGAGAGCGAGGACGUGCCGAGCCAGUUCUGCUCUCGCUCUUAUCAGAAACGAGGUCAGCGAUCCAACCUCCCUGCGGGGCGGGGCAGGGGUGCCAAACACCCUCGACAGUCCAGAAAGGAGACCGGGACGGAACGCCGGCCGGAGAGCUGCACGGAGCUCCGUGAGGAAGAAAGGCGUUCAUAAAUGUGUUAAAGAAAACCAACCAAUCGAAAAGAAGCACCCUCGUCGCCAGUGGAUUCCUGUUCGCUACAGGGCCGCAGUCUCCCUGCCACCCCUCCGUCGUCUCUGAGGGCUCCAGGAUGCCCCUUGCUAGCAGGCCGGAGAAGAGCUCCCUGGCGAAUAAAAUCCUCAAGCAGUUGCCCCUGGCCGAUAAGACUGCCGUCUGGGGGACUUUGGGGACUAUUCGGCCUCUCCUGAGCUUUGAAGUAGAGCGGGAUGUCCAGUCUCUCCUCGAUGCCAUCACAGGUGAAGCCGUCGACUACAGGACCAUAACCCACUUGCUCACCAACCGGACCAAUGGACAGAGACAGCAAAUUGCCGAAGGUUUCCAGUCCUUCACUCAACAGGAUCUGCUGAAGACCCUGCAAGCUGCCGUGUCCGGGAACUUGGAGACAGCUGUGGUGGCACUGCUGAAGCCAGCGGCACAAUACGAUGCUCAUGAGAUCAAACUGGCCAUGAAGAGUUACUCGGUCGCCCGCCCUUCGUCGCCGCAGGUCCCAGACGGAGCCACGCUGGCCGAAAUCCUCUGCACUCGGACAACCCAGCAGCUUCGAGAAAUCUUGGAUUUCUAUAAGCACGAUUUCAAAUCGGACUUAGAGGCUGAUGUUGCGUCUGGACCCAGCAGCAGUUUUAAAGACCUCCUUCUUGCACUGAUCAAGACCAGCCGAGAGAAGUACUCUGGGGUCAUCGACUACGUCUUGAUCGAGCAAGAUGCCAAGGCUCUGGUGAACGCGGGCAGUGGCUACGUGGACGGGACGGAUGAGAAGAAGUGGAUCAGGAUCCUCACCCAGCGCAGCCCCGAACAUCUAAACCGAGUGUUCAGCUUGUACCACAAGAUGACCGGGCUGCAGAUAGAGGAAGCCGUGGCCAAGUUCUUCCAGGGCAACGCCCAAGUGGCUCUCUCGACCCUGGUCUCAGUCCUGAGGAACACCCCUCUCUAUUUCGCCCUCAAACUCCGCCAAGCGAUUAAGGGUCCAGUCGCCAGCCACAAAACUCUAAUUCGCAUCCUGAUCUCCCGUAGCGAGACUGACCUCCUCAGCAUACGAGCGGAAUUCAGAAAGCAGUACGGGAUGUCGCUCUAUUCGUUCAUCCGGGCUGAAACGCAAGGCUAUUACCGGGAGGUGCUGCUGGGUCUGUGCAAGGCAGAAGAUCUGUAAGACUCUCUGGUGAGGAAACGCACAGGACGGGGGCAGUCUACCUCCGAACGCCCCACAGAAACCGCUCUCCCCUCCCCAUCUGCAGUAGAAAACAGCAAGAGUCCGGCAGCACCUUCAAGACUUACAAAAUUUGUGGCAGUGUGGGAGACGAGAAGCAGCAGCGAUUGGAUUUCUACCCCGCCCUUCACUACCCAAAGGGGGUCUCAGAGCGGCUCACAAACUCCUC